GGAAGGAAGAACUGAAGGGACGGAUCUGUCACUUCUCAUUUUUACACAUUUCUGGUUUUAUUUCUCAGUUAGGCGUGAGAAUUUUGUUCCGAGGACUAUCUAACAAAUUGAGAAAACAAUCACAGAGAGACAUCAAUGAAAGGAAAAGGAGUCGCACAACAACCCUUCACAUCAACAUGAACUUUGGUUUCCUAUUCACCAUCACAUUUCUUAUGUUUAGCGCAGUCAGCGGAUGUAAGAUAGAUGUCCAACAGCCAACAAAGCUGAUAAGACAAAAAGAGCAACUGUCCGUCUCUAUCCCCUGCUCUGUCACCGUAUCCAGCUGUCCUACAGCACACCUUCCUCAGAUCUCCUGGUAUGUGUUCCGGAAAGACUCUCACUACCAGCUUAAUUUGAAAAGCCACUCAAUGAAAUAUACACUGGAGAACCAGGAGCUGACUAUCAGCUCUUUGUCAGAAGCAGACUGUGGGGUUUAUUACUGUGCAGCAUCUCUGCUGGAUGGGGCUCAAAACGGGGCGCAGGCAAUCGGACAGGGAACCACUUUGAAAGUCUCAGGGAUGGGCUUAAACAUAUAUCAAGGAUUGUUGUUGACUUUGCUAGUGCUGCUGACUGUGUACAGCGUCCUUGUCCUGGCCAUCAUCAUCUGCAUAAAGACUGGACAAUUUGAAUCAGUCUUUAAAAGAAGAUGGAGUAAAAGUGAGAACAAGGAGGAAUCAGCUAGGCAAGUGAUCUUCAGUGGAGUGGUGCAAGAACUCUGCAAGAGGAACUUAGUGGGUAGCAAAAUGCAGCCGCACUACAAAGUUUCCCAAAACAAGUCUGCAGGUCUUCAGAAUGCGUACCAUAGUGAAGAUGUUUACCAAAAUCUUGAUGAGUGAAGAAAACGAAUGCCCGGAUCUGCGACACCUGCAGCUUCCAGCAAACCAGAAGUUUAACUGCAACAUAUUGGAUUUUUGCACUCAUUAAAAAAUUUGUCAUGUUCA